UAGUUAUCAGCAUCCAUGCGUACAUUGAGUCAUUUGUAUAUAAUACAUUGUUUUCAAUAUCAGGAUUGGUUAGAUCCGGUCUAUUAUGGGAUGGAUAUUGUUAUUACUGCUUUCAAUGAUAUACCAUGCAUCAUAUGAAGAACAGUGUUUAAACAAACCAUGCGCAUGCUGUAGCACGAAUAAUUGCGACUAUAAUAGUACAUGUGAAAAUGGCUGUAUUGACGGGUACUGGGGAGACAAGUGUUACUACGCGUGCCCCGUUCACUGUGUGAAAUGUGAGCAAAAUAGUCCGUCUAUAUGUGACGGAUGUCACGAUGGUUUUUAUAACGGAUUUUGGCAUGACGGUAACAGUUAUGGCCCUUGGACUGAUAAUUGUAUAAAUAAAUGCAGUCCUCAGUGCAAAUCUUGCUUUUAUUAUCAACAUUGCAAAGAAUGUGUGGACGGGUAUUAUAAAACAAAUACAGUUCAAAAUUGCACCCUUCCCUGCCCGCAGGUGUGUGUUUCGUGUUUGUCCACAAUGGACUGUGUCGAAUGUAAACCUGGAUACUUUGGAAGAAACUGUUCGCAACUUUGUAGCAAGGGCUGUAACUCUCUCACAUGUGAUAAAAAAACUGGUCGAUGCAACUGUACAUCAAAUUAUAUGGGUGAUACAUGUAAAUAUUGUAAACAUGACAAAUAUGGAGUAGACUGUGACUUGGAUUGCCCUGAAAAUUGUUUUGUUUGUAACCAAUCUGACAGUUGUUUGUUUUGUAAACAGGGGUAUGAAGGGCCAUUAUGUGCACAACCGAUUUCCUCAGAUCCACCAAAAGAAGACAAUCAUACUCUAAGUACAACUCUUGGAACUGUGUUCGGAAUCUUGCUAGUCAUCCCGUCCGUAUUAGCACUGUUACUGGGCUGGAGGAGAUGGCGGAGAACGCGGAGGGCGAGAGUAAAUGAAACACACGUGCAACCCGGGCAAAAUGAAGUGUCAAGGUCACCAGAAUUACAACCAGAAAUUAGCAAAUUAUCAGGUAACAUUGACAUGGAAAUGUCCGUUUAUGAUGAAAUUCCUGGUUGGUCGACCAUGGCCGAUGGUUAUGCAGUACCAUUCGAUAUGGAUGACACAGAAUCACAGAACUCGGACGAAAACAGCGGCGUGUAUAGAGAACCAGUGGAUGCACAUUUUUCAAGGGAGACGUUUAAAGACCAUUCAGAUCAUGUUCAGGGUUCCGAACUUGGUGACAAGAGUAGCAACUACAGUUUUGCAAUGGAUCCAAUUAAUAUGACAAUUACAGAAAAGGAUAAAAACUCUGAAGACAGUGAGGACAAUUCAAGCAACUAUGGGAAGGAUAUGAAUAUUAAAGGCGAACCAAACUAUAAAAAUGAGAAAAUUGCCAAAGACAACCCGGCCUUUGAAAUGGAAGAAAGUACUAAAGACAAAGAAACCUGCGAGAAAGAGAACAUUACUAAAGAAAGCACCACCUAUGAGUUAGAAGACAGUGCUAAAGACAGACAAACCGGUAAAGAAGAGAAAAUUGCUGAAGACAAGUUAAACAGCGAACAAGAUAAUGCAGGCUAUGAAAAGAAGACUGAUAAAAGAAGGCCUAAAAAGGGUUUGAAAUCUGGAGCCGAUUAUGAAAAGCUCAACACCGGAAAAGCAAAUGAACAUAUAUACAAUAAGGAUAACAUCAAGUUUGAAAGAGAGAAGAUAGAAAAGACAGGGAUUGUCCCAGACACGCCAGGAUAUGAAAAACCAAUCAGUUUUAAAAGCCGGCCAUUCUAUGACAAAGAAGACUCUGCAAAAUGCUUUGUAAAUUGUGGAAACGAUAAUGCUGAUGAACACAAUUCAAGCUUUGAAAAGGAGAAUAAUGUGAAAGGAACAGAUAUUGAAGACAACCUAGGCAUCGGAAAGCAAAACGCUGAAAAAGACUUGCAGUCUAAAGACGAUUAUGAAGAGCUGCAAAAAGUCAAAAACAAUGAGCAUGACUAUGAGGAAGGAGGUGAACAGCUCCCGGACUAUACCAAUGUAGACAACAAUGCACAAAGUAGUGCAACCUUUGGUGUAUUUACUCUUGUAUGAUUUAUUUUAUCGGAAUAAAUAGACUAUUUUACAUAGCCGGUACAUAAUUCUUUCUUUCAUUGAAACAGCUUUUGAUGAUACCGAAUAAUUCCCACAAAAUGUACUUUCUUUUAUAUCUGAAUGUAUGGAAUUGUUUGUGUCUUCCUAUUAAAUAUUUCUUAAUAACAGAUACUUGUCAAUACUGUUGAUCAUAUGCAAUAUGCAAGUGCCAUAUCACUCAAGAAUCCAGUUAAACAGGCCUGCGUGCUAGGUCUUAAAUGCCGUUAGAUAAUAACUCCACAUUUGUCAAACAUAAAAAUGUGAUGAGUAAACCAUUACAUUUGCAUAAAUCUAUGAAUAUAGUCUUGAAGAGGAGGAUAAACUGAGAGAGGCUAAAUUAAUGUCAACUUGACAUGAAGACGUUUACAAUACUUCAAUAUGUGCCCAUGUUAUAUAACGCAAGUGUAUAUGUAAGCUGGUUUAUGUCCAAAUUUCAAUAAAGAAUAAGUAGAUCUACUACAGUUUUUGUGGAAAAACAAAUGAGUAUGUUUGUGUGUAUUGUGUGAUUAAAGAGUACAAAUUCAAUAAAUGUAUUUAUCACAUAUGAAUUUUUCUUGCAUGUCAUACCGGAUUUCUCUUGGUUUUGCCGGUGCUGGAAAAAACUCAUCUUGCGCGUACUAAAAUUUAUAAAUGGACGUUACUGUAAUAAAAUAAAAAGCAUUUUA